AUGAAUAACUCCCCGUAGUCGGUAGUCUUGGAUAAAGACCAUCAACAGUUUUUAGAAGAAAUGAAAACGGGCUAAAAUAAUAUAAUGGUAGUUGUAAGGACAAGACCUUUAAACUAAAGAGAGUUAACAAAAAGUGAUUAUGAGACAUUAAAAAUUUUAGAUAAUAGAGUAGUUGUUUUACUUGAUCCUGGCUAUGAAAUGAAUUAAGAUGAUGUAUUAAGAAAAAAUAGGAAUAAAGAAAUGCAAUUCGCCUUUGAUUUUGCAUUUGAUAAGGAAACUGACUAAGUAGAAGUGUAUAAAAACUCUGCUUAACUAUUAAUAAAAGGUAUUUUCGAUGGUUAUAAUGCUACAGUAUUUGCAUAUGGGGCUACAGGAGCUGGUAAAACUUAUACAAUGAUAGGGACACCAGAUAGCAUUGGGAUAAUGGAGAGGAGCAUGGAUGAUUUAUUUUAAGAAUACCAACAGUUAUCUUUAACAAAAGAUAUUAUUGUUAGAGUAAGCUACAUUGAGAUAUAUAAUGAAUAAAUCAAAGAUCUUUUAACAGCAAGAGAUAAAAACCUUGAUUUAAGAGAAGACCCCUCUCAAGGAGUUGUUGUUAAUGGUAUAACUGAAAUAGAAGUCAAAAACACUCACGAGAUACUCCAUUUAUUGAAGAUAGGCAAUAAGCAUAGGACUAUAGAAAGUACAGGUGCAAAUGAAGUUUCAAGCAGAUCUCAUGCAGUUCUAUAAGUUUAAUUGCAAAUUAAGGAUAAAGCAUCUGGAAUUUAAUCAGAGAUAUAAUACUCUAAACUUAGUUUAGUCGAUUUAGCAGGCAGUGAACGAGCUGCAAAUACUUAGAAUAGAGGAAUAAGACUAAUAGAGGGAGCAAAAAUAAAUUAAAGUCUCUUAGUUCUAGGAAAUUGCAUAUAAGCCUUAAGUGAAGCUGCUGAAAAAGGUGUAAAGCAUCCAUUUAUCCAGUAUAGAGGAAGUAAACUAACUCGUUUACUUAAGGAUUCACUAGGUGGAAAUUGUAGAACUGUAAUGAUUGCUAAUGUAAGUCCUUUCAUAAAUAGCUUUGAAGAUACGUACAAUACUUUAAAUUAUGCAAAUAGAGCUAAAAAUAUAAAAACACAAGUUUAAAGAAACUAUUUGAAUGUAGAUAACCAUAUUUCUAACUACACACACUUAAUAGACAGUUUAAAGAGAGAAAAUGAAAAUUUAAAAAAACUGCUUUAAAACAGAUCUAUGAAUUUGCCUUCUGAAGCUUUAGAUGCCAUUUCUAAUUUAGAUCAAAAAUCUUAAGAAAACAUGAAACAAAUUGAGCUUCAAAUUGCUGAACACUUCAAAGAAGAAUUAGAAUUAAAGAGGAAGAUUUUUAAAUUAGAUGAGAAGCUUUAAGAAGCUUAGUUUGAGCAGUUUAAACUUUUAACAGAGCAAAGAAAAUUGAAAGAAGGAUCAAGCGAUAGUUUUUAACAUAAAGAAAGAUUACAAGAUAACUAGCAGCUGAUAAACACCUUGCAAAAGUCAAAAACGGAUGUAGAAAAGAAGCAUCAAACUACAUACGAAAAUAGACAAAAAUUUAAUAAGAUUAUCUAGUAAGAAUAGCUGACUUCGAGUGAUUAGAAUUAUUUGAACAGUAUUUUUAAAUAAAAUAUCCUAAUCAUUGAAAAUACUGAAAUUUAAUAUAAAGAAAAGAAACAAGAAGCAAUCAGCCUCCACAAGCAAUUACAGAUUUAAUUUUUGAAAGACUAGUUGAAGUUAAGGGAUGAAAUUAUAAAUGACCAAAAAAAUAUAAUUAAUAAAAACUAAAUAGUUCACCGUAUUUCUUACGAACCUUUAGUCGAAUUAGAUGAUAUAGAAGCUUCUGUAUCUCCUUAAAAUAAUGAUUACUCUUUCCAUUCCGUUAGAUAAGGACCUUCUAAUUAAUUAAAUAAUCGGGAAUAUGAAAGAAAGAAAAAUGUUCAGUCUGAAAAAGUAAGGAUAAGAUCACAUUCUAAAAAUGUGGUCAGUAUAAAUUAAAGUCCCUAACGCUCAACUGAAAAGAUUCUGCACAACGCUGUAAAGCUUCCAUAAAUAGGGAACUAAAACGCUUCUAUUCACAAUAGUAAUAACAACAAUUAUAAUAGCAAAAGCAGAAGUAUUUAAAGAUAUAUUACUCACGGAGAUUCAACCGAACCUUCAUUAUAUGGAGCUCCUAACUUUUAAUCUAAUUAAGGUCAUCAUAAUUAAUUAUAAUCUGAAAGAAAGAAAAAUGAUAAAUAAGAAAACUCUAAAUAUGAAAAUUACACUUAUAUCAGAAAUAAUAAUGAGCAAAGCAGCUAAAAAGUAAUACAGAAAAAGGUACUAAACCCAAGCAAACCGUUCUUUGAGAGAAGCAACUCUAAAAAAAAGAUUAAUUAUUAUGACAAUUUCAAAAAAGCAGAUUUAUUUUAAAGACAGAGGUCUAUUACCAAAAAUAUAAACUAGUCAUUUAAUGAUGAAAUUAUUGGAGAUUAAUACGAUUAAGUUCCUAAAGUAGAUUAAAGUGAAGCUAUGCCUUAAAUUAACAAAUAUUAUUAUAAGAAUGAAAAAGCCAGCUUUUAAAUUUAAACUAGCAGCAAUAGCAAUUAAAGCAAAAUUGAAGGAAAUUAAACUGAAAUGAUUGGUUAAAUUUAUAAUCAGGGAGAUAUUUUUUAAAAAUACUAAAGAUAAAGUGAAGACGUUUAAAACAGAAGUUUUAGAAGUACAAGUAGUUCCAUAUUCUCUAAUUCUAGUCAUUUAAACAAUAAUAACAACAAUUUAUCCAUUUAGUAAAAAAAUAAAUAAAUGAAAAGUAACCAGAACACAGUAUAAAAUAAUAAAAUCCUAAGUUUUUUGAAUAAUGAUUUAAAAAUUCAAAAUAUUUCUAAAACGGAAGUUUCAAGAUCACAAAUAAGUAACAUGAAUGUUGUAUACCCAACAAAUAAGAACUAGGAAAAUUAAAAUAAUUAAGAAAUUCACUCAAGCAGAAGGAAUCAUAUUGGUAAUAGUGAUGAACCUAAAAGCCAUGCUUUGUAAAGGCUUGAAGAAAAAUAAGAAUCGAGAGCUGAAAGACUGAGACAGUUAAAUAUAAAUAUCAAAUAUUUAAAAAAAUUAGAAUCUGAAUAACAGUAAAACCAAUAACAUUAAGAUGAUAAUUAAAAGCAAUUAACAAAAUAAAAAACUAUUGUUUAUUCUUAAUAGAAAGUAGUGGCUUAUCCAAAUUAUGGAAAAAUAAACAAAUAACCCACCACAGAAUUUAUUCGACAAUAAAUAUAAUCACAUGACUAAAGACCUGAAAAAAGGGUACCUUCGAAGAUAAUGUCUGCCUAAAGGCAUGAUAACUCAAACUAAAAUAAUAAAAAAUGA